GGACGACCACUGGGGUUUUUAAUCGGAGCAAAACACGUUUUUUAUGCCCGUUUACAGCCACACUGACUCCUUUUUCAUGUUGUUUUCCUGAGCGCCUAGCGGCCUGUUUCCUCAUGUCAGAGGACUCUGUGGAGAGGCAACAUGGCGCACGGAGUUUGGUUUGACCGGAGAGGCCGUGUGGCUGUUGGCGCAUUGCAAUCAUUUUCUUUUCUCGAUCUCCCUGCGCUACAUACAGAUACACAGGCCAACACCAGGCAGUAGAGAUAAGCUCAGGAACAAUGGGACAGGCGCGCAGAAAUGGGGCAAAUUUCUCAAACAGUUUUUAGGGGGCCGCCGCUGAUGAGGCGAUGAAGUGCAGAGAAUGAGAGCUGUGCCUUGGCCUACUACUAGUGCUGCUGCAGCUGGGAUUGUGCAGAUCCGCUUUCACAAACCGAGAAAAAUACUCGCUUGGUGCCACAGUAUCAAACAUCCGCUGUUGGUUUCACGGUGACCGACCUCCAAAUGGAUAUAGCCGGGACAACAUGAAUCAGUCAUAUAGACCGGCUGUUAGGGUAGGCUCAGUGUUUGGCUCAGGCCAGUCAGAGCUGAGGCCCCGCAAUGGUCUUGUGAGCACUUCCUAUGGAAACCAAUGUGGCAUUGUGAGACGUGGGUCAGACCAACCGUCAGCCGUGCAACUGCCAUCCUCCAGCUUCAAACAGCCAGCUGUACUGGGGCGCAACCAGUCAGACCGAUCUCACUGCUACAGCCCGCUGAAGAGGCUGCAGGGCCUGAACACUGUGGUCAACAGGCCUGACUUAGAAAGGGACCUCCAUCCUAGGAACCACUUACACUGUGCAAGCCCAAUCAGUGAUGAUGACGACGAGUUUGAGGCACCAUCAGUCCAGCUGCCUCCUUCCCCAGGCAAUGAUGACAUGGAGACUAUGCAGGAUGUGAACAGAAAUGGCUUCUCCCCUCACAGUCCUGACAGCUUGGAGCACUGUUCUCCCAUCCCCAAUGGCUACCUGCAUUUUGAGUCCACGCUGUUUGACACCAGUGAAGUUAAGGAGGAGGACGAGGAGGUGGAGCACAGUAGUAGUGAGGACCUGGCGCCUUUUCACCACUCCCCAAAGUUGAGUAAGGACCUAACUGUUACUGACAGUAAGACCACAUGCAGCUCAGGGGUGGAUAAAAGAAUAUACAAACCUACUGUCUUUAAUCUGAUGUCCAAAACUAUAUCUGAACUCAACCCUACACUAAGCCCCAGCGCACUGCCAGAAAUCACUAUGAGAGAUGAGUGGAGCUUGGGUGAGGAAUCAGACAGUGAUGGUGAACUUACCUCUCCUGUUGACCCUGGACUUAUUUCACCAGCUGGCACCAACUCUAAUUCCAACAGCCCAAAGAAAAAGCCUCUUCCUGCAGUGAAAUACUUGGAAGGGGACUUGGUGUGGGCUAAAUUCAACAGACGGCCCUGGUGGCCCUGCCAUGUCACCUGUGACCCAGAUCAGGGGACCUACACUAAGAUGAAAGUUCCCAGUCCCCGUCCCUGUCGGAUGUAUUUCCUGGAGACGAUUGGGGAGAUAAUAGAAAGUGCCUGGGUCCCGGGGAAUGUCAUUCUUCCUUUUGAAGGAGGCCAUCAGUUUGAAGACCUACCUGUGCUUAGACGACGAGGGAAACAGAAGGAAAAAGACUACAAGUAUACGAUACCCAAAAGUUUACUGACUGCAUGGAAAGUCAGUGUGUCAGAAGCUGAGUAUCUGCUCCCAGGUAGACAAAGGAAUACUGAAAGCACGCUGUCAGUAUCUGUCAAUGGAGAGGAGCGUGUCCCCAGCCCACUCCCUCCUGAAAAGCCACAGAGGGGGCCCUCUGUCUCUGUGGACCCGGGUCAACCCUCAUCACCCAAUAUGGCCCCCAAUGGAAAUGAGCCCCAUCUCAUCAAAAACUCUGCUGCAGUUCAAUCCAGCAAGAGCAAAGCUUGUAAGAAGAAAAAGAAAUGUUUGUCAGACAUAUUUGGCCAUAUAGUUGGUGGAUCAAAGGAGUCAUCUACCAUCACAAACGUGGCGGAUCAGUUUCAUACUACAACUCGUGCACUGAAAGAAGACCCAAAAGACUCACCUUAUGCAGACCUGGAUUCAAUUCCAAUGCUGCAUCGUCCUAAACGCACAGCAAUUUCUCCAAUACAGGAUAUAGACAGAUUGGUCCGAAAAGAACAGGGUUCAACAAAAGCUAAAACGAAGUUAAGUGAAAAAGUGAGCCAUUAUACAGAUUCCUGUGAUUCCCCUAGCAUUUUAACAAAUAAAUUGACAUCUAAAGAUACAAACUCUGAACAGAGUUUCGGCAGCUGUAAUGAAUUGUCGCACGGUCCAACUGAAAAGCACUCUGUGAAUCUUCCUGCCAGCAGUCGUCUGAUGACGAGGGCUCUGAAAGCAGAGGAAGAGACAGAUCUCAAAGAUGCACUGGCCACAAGCCAGUUCUCAACAGAUGCCCAAGCUAAUGAUUGUCCUGAGAAUACACCUACUAAUACAUCCAUCAAAACUGAAAUGUCUCCUAACUGGGAAUCGCCCAGCAAUGCAUCAUCCUCUACAAAUCAUAGCUCUCCAAAAAGGCGCGCAAGGAAGCCUGAUAAGAAACAAAUUCGUAAUGGCUCAUUGAUAAAGUCUAAGUGUGUAAGCUCAAGUGUACCCACUGUGCAACCUGUUAAGAUCAAGACCGAAAACAUUGUCCCAGAUCUAUCAUCUCCUUCUUCCCUGUCCUCAUCUUUGUCUCCAAUGGAUGCUUUCCAGGAUGCCAAGGAACUAACAUUUAAAUCCCUUGUGAAGGAGGACAGCAGUGACUCUGAGUUGACUGUAUUUCGGCCUGAUUCCAAUUAUAAAUUCAGUACCUUCCUGAUGCUCCUGAAAGACAUGCAUGAUACCAGAGAAAAAGCAGGUAAACCCCUGAAUCUCCCGCCAUCACCGGUCCUGAUCAAGGAGGAACCCCUGGUCAUCCCUACUUCUACAGGAGGAGACCCGCUGAAGGGUUCUUGUGAUGGUUUCGCUCAAGGGACCAAAACAGAGAAUGGGCAGUCAGGGAAAUCCACCACUCCCCAAAACAGAGCAGUGAAAACCAAGAAUAGGACUAAAGGUAUAAUGAGAGCUGACACCUACCAUUGUGAAGACUUUCCUGUUCACUCUCAGAUCGGGAACUCAGACAAGCAGCGUCGAAAACAAAGACUACCUGCCAAACUGAAACUCAGCAUACCUGGCCUCUCUUCGGACCUGGCUGACUUGGCUUACGGCAGGGAGUUUGUUAGUGGCCAUGCUGACUUAGCUGUUCCUGGGUCUCGUCCUCCCGUUGCUGCUGAUCCCUUGGCCAGCUACCUCGAUAAGAACUCAGGAUCUGCAGUGGCUCCAAAGAAGCGCUGGCAGUUGGUUGAGGAGGCUGCGGAGAAUAAGGGUGAAGUUAUGAGUGGGGUGUCUACUGAGAUGAACGGGUCUUACACCAUGAGAGCAACACCAGAUCUUGAUCUGGGAGUUGAGAAGCAGGAGGAGAAUGACUCGCAGUUCUCAGAGACAAGCAGCACAGCCGGACUUGCAGAGAACAAACGUCUCCGAAAACCAACUAAAAGGCUCCUGGAGUCAACUGAGGAGUAUGAACAAAUAUUUGUCCCAAAAAAGAAAUCAAAGAAAAACACCUCCGAAUUUUCCAAAAUGCAGACAUCAGGGAUGACGGCGCUCCGUGAUCUCAGCACCACACCUGGAAUAUUUACCUCAGCCUCGCCCUCAGCCUCGUCUCCUGUAGAGCUUACCGAGGGUCCAUCAGAGCUGGAACAGAGUCCAUCUGAGGAUGAGCUUUCUCCUGCGGCACCCUCAGUAUCUCCAGCCACAACACAACCCUCCCUUGACACAGAGACCGCAGAAGAAACUGAUCUACCUCCUGAAUCUGAAACAGGGUUAUUAAUUCAAGAAAGAAAGAGGCCAAGGAAGCUGUCGCACAAGGUGCUGGAAUGUACCAUAGAAGAAGUGUCUGUUGCUCCUACAAAGAAGAAGGAACCAAAGCGACACACUGGAAUUACUUCAGAGGUGAAAGUGUUAGUCAAGAAAACUCAGGUUGGAUCUGUAAAGAACGAGAAGCCUGUAGUCCGCACAUCCUCUCCCCCUGCUGCUGCUGCCUCUGAGCACUCAGAAAGCAAAGAUCUCCAAGGGGUCCUCACUCCAAACAGGCCUCCCAGCCCCCGAGGAGCUAAGACCCCCAAGCAGGAGGCAGAGAUGGAGGCCUGCAGCACUGAGGAGAAACAAAAUGUACACACUGGAACACUAACUCCUAAACCUGAGGUGCUGUCUGCUGGUUUGAAUGACAGCCUCUCUUCCCAAGUGGAUGUAAAAGGGAAAAUAGGACCUACAUCCUUAAAGGAAAAUGUCUGUCAGGUGUGUGAGAGGACAGGAGACCUGCUGGUGUGUGAUGGCCACUGUUAUGGAGCCUUUCACCCGCAGUGUAUUGGUUUGUCGGUGGCUCCCAAGGGAAAGUUCCUCUGUCGUGAAUGCAACGCUGGUGUCCACACAUGCUUUGUGUGUAAGAAGUCUGGUAAUGGAGUAAAGCGUUGCAUGAUACCACUGUGUGGGAAGUUCUACCACACCGACUGUAUACUGGCGUACUCAGCCACCCAGCCACAUAACAAAGGCUUCCGCUGCCCUCUGCAUGUGUGUCUGUCCUGUCACAUCACCAACCCUCUCAACAUCUGCAGCUCUAAAGGUCGGUUGGCUCGAUGUGUACGCUGCCCUGUGGCCUAUCAUGCCAAUGACAACUGUAUGGCAGCAGGCAGCUUGGUGCUGGCAAACAACAGUUUCCUCUGUCCAAACCACUUCACUCCCCGCAAGGGUUGCAAGAACCAUGAACACAUCAACGUUAGCUGGUGCUUUGUCUGCUCUGAAGGAGGCAGUCUGCUGUGCUGUGAAGCCUGCCCUGCUGCUUUCCAUCAGGAAUGUUUGAAUAUGGAGAUGCCUCAGGGCAGCUGGUUCUGCAAUGACUGCAAAGCUGGAAAGAAGCCUCGUAUUAAGGACAUACUGUGGGUCAAGUGGGGACGUUACAGGUGGUGGCCCGCAGAAGUCUGUCUGGCCAAAGAUGUUCCAAAUAACAUCUUGAGGAUGAAACAUGAGGUGGGAGAGUUCCCAGUGCAAUUCUUUGGCUCCAAAGAUUUUGUGUGGACGUACCAGGCCAGAGUCUUCCCCUACAUGGAGGGUGACACUCACAACAUAGAGAAAAUGGGAAAGGGUGCAGAUGCAGUGUACAAAAAGGCCCUGACUGAAGCAGCAGAGCGGUUCAGAGAGCUCCAGGCAGAAAGGGAGAUGAAGCAGCUUCAGGAGGACAGAAAGAAUGACAAGAAACCUCCUCCAUACAGGCACAUUAAGGUAAACCGGCCAAUUGGGAAGGUUCAGAUUGUUACUGCUGACCUAUCAGAGAUCCCACGUUGUAACUGUAAGGCGUCUGACGAGAACCCGUGCGGCAUCGACUCUGAGUGCAUUAAUCGCAUGCUGAUGUACGAGUGCCACCCUCAGGUGUGUGCAGCGGGGGAGCGAUGUCAGAACCAGGCCUUCACAAAGCGCCAGUACACACCUGUGGAGAUUUACAGGACACUGUCCUGCGGCUGGGGUUUACGUGGUGUGUCGGACAUCAAGAAGGGAGCCUUUGUGAGUGAAUAUGUGGGGGAGGUGAUCGAUGAAGAAGAAUGUCGAGCCAGGAUCAGACACGCCCAGGAGAACGACAUCUGUAACUUCUACAUGCUGACACUGGACAAGGACCGGAUCAUUGACGCAGGGCCCAAAGGGAACCAGGCUCGUUUCAUGAACCACAGUUGUCAGCCAAACUGUGAGACUCAGAAGUGGACUGUGAAUGGGGACACCAGGGUGGGGCUCUUUGCUCUGCAAGACAUCCCAAAAGGUGUGGAGCUGAAGUUCAACUACAACCUUGAGUGUCUUGGCAAUGGGAAAACUGCCUGUAAAUGUGGAGCACCCAACUGCAGCGGUUUCCUGGGUGUCCGGCCAAAGAACCAGCCGUCAGCUGAGAAACUGAAACUAAAGGAAGGGAAGAGGAAGGUCCCCAUGAAGAAGAAGACCAAGCAAGAAGUGACCAAGGAGAGGGAAGAUGAGUGCUUCAGUUGUGGUGACGGGGGCCAGAUAGUGUCCUGUAAGAAGCCGGGAUGCCCGAAGGUCUAUCACGCUGACUGUCUCAACCUGGCCAAGAGGCCUGCAGGGCGAUGGGAGUGUCCAUGGCACCAGUGUGACAUUUGUGGUAAGGAGGCAGCUUCGUUCUGCGAGAUGUGCCCCAGCUCUUACUGUAAGGAGCAUCGUGAAGGCAUGCUCUUCAUCUCCAAGCUGGACGGCAAGCUGUCCUGCAGUGAACACGACCCCUGUGGGCCUGACCCGCUGGAGCCGGGGGAGAUUCGUGAGUAUGUGCCCAACGCGACCUCCGUGAGGCCCGGGGCCAUGGCUGUGCCUGUCACUCUCUCACUGGUCCCAGACUCUAGAAGAGCCAGUUCUGCUCCCAUCACUUCCCCUGCUGGCCAGGCUGCGACGGCCGGGCAGGGACCUCCUCCUCGUCUCUAUAUCAACACAAAGACUGCUACCUCGAGCUUCAUCCCCUCCAACAGGUCUUACACCACAGACGGGACAGAAGGGAAUGCGUUUUCCACUCCUACCUCCUCCAAGGACGAGAGAGAGGACGGUGAGGUGGAGGACGGGGAGGUGUGUGGGUUAGAGGUGGAAGACGUGGAAGACGACGACGACGACGACGACGAAGAAGCAGAGGAGGAAGAGGAUGACAUGGAGGAGAUGGAGAUAGUGGAAGAUGAGGAGGAUGAGCCACUGUAUGGAGGUGACCUGCUGGAGGAACACCACGACGAUGACGAAGACGACGACGACGACGACGAAGAGGACGACGAAGGAGGGGAUGUGUAUGACACUUGGGGUGAUUAUGUGGACGAAGAUGCUGAUGAUGGCGAGGUGGAGGGAGAGGACUUGGAGGAGUGGGAGAGGGUGGAGGACGAUGACAAGUGACUCAUAACUACUCAGCAAAAACUCUCAAUAGACAUUCAAAGGACUAAAAAGACAUUUUGGUACCUACCUGAACGCGACACUGCCUUCACUUUGGUACCGCGUUGCCUUCUCAUCCCCAGACUGCUGGACUGACAGUGGGGAUGUGUACUGGUGCUCAAGGACUGAUUCAGUUCGUCUCUUUAUACUUCUCUCGUUAAGUUUAUUUGUGUCUGGUGCUAUUAUGUUCUUUUGUUUGUUCUCUCAACAUUGUUUACAUUUUUUGGCCUUUUUUAAUGUUUGGAAUAUAAGAAAAAGGUGAGAUGUUUCACCUGACCAAACUGUCAUCAUAACGCCAUUUUAUGUUGUUGUUACUGUCUUAACCUUGUCUUUCUAAUUACAAGAGUGAUCAAAAUGGUGUUCUCACUGGUCCAUGUUACAGUUAAGCACAACAAUACAUGCUCUGUGCUUCUGAGGAAUGCAAAAAUAAACCCACUGGAGUUAUCGUGGCUUUAGAUGAUACUUCUCACUACAAAAACAGUCUGUUCUUUCUAUUAAUUCAUCCUUUUUUCCUCCAAACAGGUAGGUCAGAGCUCAGGAUCGGAGGCACAGAGAAAUAAAAUAAUGUCAUGACAUUCUACAAUCUCUAGAUGCAUCACAGAUAUAACUAACAUUUGUUUUGCAUCCAUCACUGCUGUCCCAUUCACUAAGUUAGAAAAUAAAAUCAAAGUACUUAUUCA